AUGGACUCGUUUGACCUCCCCACAGACGGCAGUGCGUCGCUGAAAGAGUCCUUUUUCGCCAUGCUUCACCAAUACUUGGUCCUGAUGGGGUGCAGCCGAAGCGCCUCCAUUUUGGUCGAGGAAGCCAAGGUCCACUUCAACAGCAACAACCCAAACAGUGCUGCCUCGGAGGCGUAUUUGCACGAAUGGUGGUGCCUACUAUGGGCUCUUCACAAUCUGACCAAGAACCCGUCGGUCACCAACAUGCCUCCGCCGCCAAUGCCGAUGAAUCGUGUGGACGCCAGACAUCCUCAGUUUGAGCAACAGCAACAAGCACAACAACAGCAACAGCAACAGCAGCAACAACUGCAACAAGCACAACAACAACAUCAGCAUCAUCUUCAACAUCAACAAACUCAACCUCCAGCACAAUUCGGUCAGCCAAUGCAGGCUCAUGGACAAGCACACGCUCAGGCACAGGCACCUCAGGCAAAACAGCAAAAGCAGAGUAGAAAACUGAUAGCUGAACGGACCCCGAAGACGACUGCAAAAGCUGCGUCGUCCGCCACAACUCCUGCUCCACCCUCUGCUGCCUCUCAAGCUGGUCUGGAGAGCCUGUCGAUAAUGGUACCUGGUCAGGUGCCGCUCACAGUCGGAAAACAGCAGCAAACAAGCCAGGGUAAGAGGAGCAAUUUACAACGUCCCCAGCCGCAGCCCCAGCAGCAGCCUCAGCAGCAGGCCGGGCCACAACCGAACCGUAGACCUCUGGCAUCACAGCGGAAGCAGCAACAACAUCAACAACAACAGCAGAAAAAUAAUCAAAGUAAUAUGGCCAAUCAUAAUCGUCUAGGCUUGGGCAAUAUGGCUAUGCCGAAUCAAGGAGAUAAUUUUGCAAUGGGUCCAAUGAACGCCCACGCCCCAGCUUCAGCACCAGGGUCUGCAAUUAACACGGCUCCAAACUCCAACGCCAAUCUGGCGCCCAAUUCCGAACCCAACCUGACGAAUUUUGCUCUGCAACCGCACCCGAUGAUGCCAGAUGGCAGUGGUAGUGGAAUGAACAAUGGUGAUAUUUCAAUGGCCAGUAAUGGCCUCAAUGCCAACGGGCCAACUCAAGGACUCAACAUGGACAACGAUUUUGGUAUAAAUUUCCUAGGAGCUGACCUAAAUAUGGACUUGAACGGCUUUGACAUGGCUAGCAUGCUCAAGUAG